ACUGGGCCUGAAAACCUGCACAGUGUUGUGGAAGUCAGCGUUCAACAUCCAGCGGGGCUUGCACCAAAAGCUCCACAAACACAUCCAUAACAAAGUGCAGGCCUGAGAUUGAUGUCCACGGCAGCUGUAUGAGUGGGAGCCUCGGGGUGUCACACUGUGGACAGGCGUGGCAGUGGGCUGGUCCAGACGCGCUCAGCUUUGGAAAACAUCAGGGUCCAUUGAUCUGGUAUCAUCUGAGGCCUUGAAAUAGUCUGACAAAGGAACCCCGCUGACGCUUAACCCAAAAGUAUCCAGGUUUUUUUUUUUUUUUUUUUUUUUUGCCCACGGGCACAUCUGUGACUCCUGUGUACGGGGUUUUUUUUGGGCAGUGGGUGUGGCGCACCCACACAGAAGACGCGGUCCUGAGGAUGCACUGAGUUCUCCUCACCCAUCCCUGGUUGUAAGAUACUGCAAAGAAGAUGAGUAAGUCCCCGACCCCUAAGGGCACCCCGGUGCAGCGCAGCCCCAGUGAUGGGGUCCCUGAGGGCCUCCAGUCUCCUCAGCACUCUACACCUGGCUCCGGACCCCCGCAUAAGAAACGCAUCUCCAGCCUCCUUCAGAGUCCGUCAUUCAGAGAGGAGCUGGAUGUGCUGAUCCAGGAGCAGAUGAAGAAGGGUGGCAGCUCAUCUAAUCUAUGGGCACUGAGGCAGCUGGCGGACUUCAUGGCCUCGCACGGUUCACCGGCCGCUCUGCCAGUCCCCCCCUCCAACAUGAUGAUGGUCACACCCAUCAACGACCUUCAUGGAUGGGAGCCUGGCAGCAUGGUGAAGGGGGAAAGGUUGAUGCGCUGUAAGCUGGCCAGUGUCCAUCGGCUGUUUGACCUCUACGGCUGGGCCCAGAUCAGCCACACCUGCCUCACUCUGCGUGUUAGUAAGGAACAGGAACACUUCCUGGUGCUUCCAGACGGUCUCGCCUACAGUGAGGUGACCGGCUCCAGUCUGGUGAAGGUGAAUAUCUUGGGUGAGGUGGUGGAGAAGGGCAGUACUAACCUGGGUGUGGACACAGAGAGGUUCAGCCUUCACUCAGCCAUCUACUCGGCCCGGCCUGACGUUCGCUGUCUCCUUCACCUCCACACACCGGCCACAGCUGCAGUUUCAGCUAUGAAGCGUGGCCUCCUGCCUUUGUCCCAUGAGGCUCUGCUGGUUGGUGAUGUGGCCUAUUAUGACUACAAUGGAGUCAUGGAGGCGGAGGAGGACAGGGUGGAGCUGCAGAAGAGUCUAGGGCCCACCUGCAAGGUCCUCGUGCUGAGGAACCAUGGCAUUGUGGCUCUGGGGGAGUCUGUGGAGGAGGCCUUCUACACCAUCUACCACAUCCAGGCUGCCUGCCAGAUCCAGGUGUCAGCAUUGUGUUGUGCUGGUGGUGAGCAAAACUUAAUUCUAUUGGACCGGACCACCCAUAAACCCAACCCGACCGGCACCGUGGGCUGGGCUGGCUCCACCUUUGGGCCCCUGCACAAAAGCCGCACCGGAGAGCAUGAGUUUGAGGCCCUUAUGAGAACUCUGGAUAACUUGGGCUACCGUACCGGCUACGCCUACCGUUUCCCCGUGUUGCUGGAGCGAUCACGGACACGGAGGGAGGUGGAGGUGCCUGCAACCGCCACAGCCUACUAUCAGUUUGACGAAGACGGAGGCCACCCGGCUCUGAGGCAGCACCCUUUUGCCCAGCGUCAGCAGCAGGAGAGGACACGAUGGCUCAACACCCCCAACACCUACCAAAAAGUCAGCCAGGACCAAGCCAGUCCAGGACACCAGCGUACCACUUGGCUGAAGACAGAAGAAGUGACACAAGCUGGGAGCACAUCCAUCAAGAUAGAAAACCCAAACCAGUUUGUGCCUCUUUUCACCAACCCUCAGGAGGUGAUUGAGACACGAAACAAGAUCCGACAGCAGAAUCGUCAGGACAUGAAGACGGCGGGGCCACAGUCUCAAGUCCUAGCCAGUGUCAUAACAGAAGACAGUCCUCCGUCUCCAGUUAGCCCACCCAAACUCCCACCAGAACCAGAACCGCCCAACCCCUUUAAUCAGUUGACAGACCAGGAGCUGGAGGAGUAUCGCAAAGAAGUGCAGAGGAAACAGGACGGAGGAACCAACGUAGGGGAGGAGGUGGCAAAUGAAACGGAGUCUCCCCCUGCUACCUCCCCCACCAAGGGCCCCUCGCCCAGCCACUCCCCUCUGUCAGAAGAGGCAAAAACCGAAUCCCCAGCCAUACAAAACGGAGGCGAGGAGGAGAAGCAGACGACAGAAGAGCUUGAGAAGGGGAUGAAGGCUCUUUCAACCAACGACACCUCCUCCACUCCUGCUGCUCCACCUGCCAAACCCCAAGGCGGCACUCCAGAGGGAUCGCCCUCCAAGUCUCCGUCCAAGAAGAAAAAGAAGUUCAAGCCACCGUCGUUCCUGAAAAAGAGCAAGAAGCAAAAGGAGAAAGCGGAGACCUGAGGCAUUUAGACAGACCAGACCUCGGUGAAAUACUACAGUGAAAUAUUCCUUUAACCACAUCAGGUGUCUUCAAACACAGCGUCUUUCACAGGCGUCGUGUUCUAAAUUGACUUGCCAAUCCUUUACUGUAACACUGAUCCUCACUGAUUCGAUCUACUGUAUGUGGUGAUACAUCUAGUGCCUGAUGCAGGUCACAAAAAAACACUGGAAAGGAAAUUUCAGAUUGUACUAUUUGACCCAGGUCGGACACAACCCCACAGUUUGACGCACUACUUCUUAUCACACUGUCACACAAUCACAGUUUUACUUCCGUUCUAUUUUCACCUACCAUGCUAUCAAACCAUUACUGAAUUCACUGUACAGACAUUCUACGAUGCUUCCGUUUGUUAAAUAUGGGAUUGCGAGUGUGAUCCUGUGCAUUUCCCACUCAUACCUGAUUAAACUUUUGUUUCAAUCCACUACUUUGCAGGACACAAUGAAAUUAUGCACCAUUAUCCAUAUAUAGGCACUUGACAUAUGUAUAUUGACAUUCUAGUAUGUUGCAUUUGUUCAUCAUCAUAGGCAUCUUCUAGUCAUGAUUUGGUUCUAAUUAUCAGAUAGAUGUUGCAGGUAUAUUACUUGAGCACAGGUGCAGAACAUGUAGAAAUAUACUGAUAGCUACUUGAUUGUGCUCCUCUGAAUGCUGGUUUUGUGGAAAACUAACAGCUAUUGACGUUUUACAGCAGGGACAAAAAGGAGAAAAGAAAGCCUGAAAAUACACUGGCUCACAAAAAAAAAAAACAACAAACAGUACGCUAUUAAUGCUACUACUACCAAAAAAGACAUAAAGCAAACAAAAUUUGUUGCUUGUCAAUGCAGUUUGACAUCAGUAAUACAAGAUACUGAAGGUACUAAACAUUCCACUUUUCUCAUUUUCCUUCAAAUGUAUGUGUGCAAAAUACCUCUUAACAGUUGUAAUUAUUUUCCGUUUUAACCAGUAGCUGUUAACAAAAUGCUGAUGUGUGAUGUUUGCUCAUGGUUUUAAUUUAUUUUAUAUUAGAAUGUAUAAGUGAGUGUUGCAAGGUUACCAUGUAUCAGUCAUUAAAGUUCAAGUUUGAUUUAAAACCAA